AGGGGGAAGAGGCACAUGCUCACUCAGUUCACUCAUUCACUUUCUCAUACAUUCUUGUUCUACUCACACUUGCUCAAAGCUCUGCAGGCAGAAGCAAUCUCUUAGAUAGAAACAUCUCUGCUGGGGGGGAAAUUCCUUUUGGCUCCCAAAGGCAACCAGGGUGCAAUCAAUCAGAGUUCUCAAGCUGUUCCUUUGAAGAAACUUACAGGGAAACUGUUGCAACAUGAAUGGACCUGUGGACGGCUUGUGUGACCAUUCUCUGAGUGAAGAAGGGGCUUUCAUGUUCACUUCGGAAUCUGUAGGAGAAGGGCAUCCUGAUAAGAUCUGUGAUCAGAUCAGUGAUGCUGUGCUGGAUGCCCAUCUCAAACAAGACCCAAAUGCCAAAGUUGCUUGUGAGACUGUCUGCAAAACUGGGAUGGUCCUCCUCUGUGGGGAGAUUACUUCAGUUGCCAUGGUGGAUUAUCAGCGUGUAGUUCGAGACACCAUUAAACACAUAGGCUAUGAUGAUUCAGCCAAAGGCUUUGACUUCAAGACCUGCAAUGUGUUAGUAGCCCUGGAACAACAGUCUCCAGAUAUUGCCCAGUGUGUCCAUUUGGACAGAAAUGAAGAAGAUGUUGGUGCUGGAGACCAGGGUUUGAUGUUUGGCUAUGCCACAGAUGAGACAGAAGAAUGUAUGCCUCUCACCAUUAUACUUGCUCAUAAGCUCAAUGCCCGGAUGGCAGACCUGAGGCGAACAGGAGUUCUCCCCUGGCUAAGACCUGAUUCUAAAACUCAGGUCACUGUCCAGUACAUCCAGGACAAUGGGGCUGUCAUUCCAGUGCGUAUUCACACCAUUGUGAUUUCUGUACAACACAAUGAGGACAUCACGCUAGAGGACAUGCGCCAAGCUUUAAAGGACCAAGUGAUCCGAGCUGUGGUGCCUUCAAAAUAUCUGGAUGAAAAGACAAUUUACCACCUGCAGCCCAGUGGGCGUUUUGUUAUUGGUGGGCCACAGGGGGAUGCAGGAGUCACCGGCAGGAAGAUCAUUGUGGACACUUAUGGAGGCUGGGGUGCCCAUGGGGGUGGAGCUUUCUCCGGGAAGGACUAUACCAAGGUGGACCGCUCUGCAGCCUAUGCAGCCCGUUGGGUGGCAAAGUCCCUAGUGAAAGCCAAACUUUGUCGGAGAGUUCUUGUGCAAGUUUCUUAUGCUAUUGGUGUGGCUGAACCUCUCUCAAUUUCCCUGUUCACCUACGGGACCUCCCAAAAGACAGAGAAAGAGCUAUUAGAUGUGGUGAAUAAGAAUUUUGAUCUUCGUCCUGGAGUCAUUGUCAGGGACCUUGAUUUGAAGAAGCCAAUUUAUCAGAAGACAGCAUGCUAUGGCCAUUUUGGAAGAAGUGAAUUUCCCUGGGAAAUUCCUAAGAAGCUCAAAUUUUAAUGUUGGCAAGAACCAGUCUCUUGAAGAGAACACAAUAGGAUUCCUCAUUGCAAGAUGGCCCUGGAUUUCCAUUCCCCUUGACCACUCUAUAUCCAGAUCAGAGAGCUAAACAAUACUGACAGACUACAUAUUAUCUCUAUGGGAAUUGGUUCUAUUCUUCACCACUGCCCCUAGUUAGUGGCAGCCAUGCCCAUUUUUAGCAUGUUGCCAUCAGCAGAAAGCCUGGAAGAAAAUUCGUCUUUCUAGUGUUGCUAGAUCAGAUCUGUUUGUAAAGCUGAUAAUGAUUUUUCCUUAACUCUUGAUUCUGAUGUAGGACAAUAUGAUUUCAAAGAAAAGGCAUAUAUCCAAACUGUGUAGAUAUGCUAAUUUCAGUUUUUAUCCCUUUAUCACUCAGGGGUCAGUGGUGGUAGUAGGGUUUGGAACCGGGGAGUUCUAGGACCCAGAUUUAUUUUUCUUUCAAUGGCAAUCCUGCAUUCUUGGUACAUUGGCCUCCUUCACUGGCCAUGUGCCAAGACAAGGAUUUCCCAGAUGGGUCAAUGUUUCAAAAAUUGGGCCUUAUAUUUGUGAGAUAAUCCUUGCACCAAAAGGUUUCUAUCUGGGAGCUCCAAGGGAGUCAUUGAAUAGAUUUCAGGGGGUCUGUGAAUUUAGCUGGGGAAAAAAUCCGGCAUCUUAAUUUUCACAAACCUCUCACUGAAAUAGAAACCAUAUCCUUUAAUGAUUUAAAGCCAUUAUUCUGAGAAGGGGUUUAUGGGCUUCAUUCACCAAAUACUGCCCAAGGAGCAGUUAAAAACAUCUGAAUUACACUGAAAAGUUCUUGUCUAGGAGCAAGUGUGAUGCAAUUAAGAGAUACUUGGAUUUGAGUCAGAAGUUCUGGAUUUAAAUCUUAACUUUGCCAGUUAGUAUCUCUGUGACCUCAGGCAAAGCACUUAACUCCUCUGGGCUUCAGCUCCUGUAAAUUCCAGUUCCAAAUCUAUGAUUGUAGGAGCCUAAGUGCCAUGUCUAAUCCAUUUCAGGGUCAUGUUCUGAAGUCUCGGGGUCCUUCCUGGUCCCCCUCUUGGUGCUCUGGGUCUGUUUUCUGUCAAGGAACAGACUUCAUAGAGAAAACAGGUUUUUAAUGGCACUCUAGCUCAGUGCCUUUUACAUAGUAGGAGCUUCCCAAGUGUUUAUCAAAUUGGACAGUAAGAGGAACUUACUAGAAAUAUGUUUGCAUCUGCCUGGAGAAAGGACUGGUGCUUCCUGGCUUAUGGGUAAUCAAUGAUCUUUAUGAUUCAAUGUUAAAGAGACAAGGCCAGAAAGAGAAGCUAAAGAAGUAUUUACUUCUGUCUCAGGAAUAUUUCAUACAAAUCACACGAAGUGUUACCUGGCAAGAAUACCCUAAAGGUUCUAGCAAGAAUACCCUACAGGUUGUUCUUGGAGGGAAUGAAGGAUAAGAACUAGUGAGAAGCUAGAAAGACUAAAGCAUCAUCUAAAAAACUAAGAGGAAACCCAACUAAUCAAGAAAUCCACCAGAUCAGAAUGUGUCAUUCAAGGGCUAGCACCAGAGCUCAAUUUUCCAUAGAGCUGCUGCUGUUAGGAAGAUAAAUCUUUAAAACUCAUUUUAAAGAGACUUGUGUUCCCUGAAGAGGAAAUAUCAAUGAAGCAAAUUCUUUACUAAAAAAUACACAGCUAUUAGGUACAUACGUAUUUUUCAUGUGAAGGACUGAAGUCCUAAACUCUGAUUGUACUUUCAUCUUCUUACCUGGUACUUUCUAAGAUACAUUGGAGAAAUGAUAUUUUUUAAUUAAAUGAAUAUAGUUUACCAUAAAACCAUAGCUAAUAGACAGGCCCAUUGUAAAGGUCAAGCUGAUUUUUUGAAUGUAAAACACUAAGCUACAGGAAGUAGCAGAUGUAAUAUACCUCAGAUCUUACUCCCCACCUUUUUCUAUCUGAAAGGAAGGUGAAAAAUAACUCAGCCACUGAAGAAACUUCUCAUAUCAGCCAAGGAUACUAUGAUGAAUGAGAAUAGUCUAUCAUCUCCAAACUUAAUUCCCUGUUCCUUUAAGUCAAGUCAAAUUUCUUUCCCUGAUACUCCAUUGCCCUUGCAGCUGUGGACUCACCUGCUUUUCAUUAAUUACUUAUCUGCCUAGGAAACUAAAAAAAUUCCAGCAUCAUUUUGUCAUUGAUCACCAAUAAUGUUCUGUCUUAAAUUUUUCCUCACAUCUUAAUCAUUGAUACACUUAAAAAUUUUUUUGGCUCCAAAGGAAUAGCUGGGAUAAGACUUUUUUCAGAUGGAUAAUUUUCAAGUAUUUGUCAAAGAUGUUAGUGUUAUGCAACCUCCACAAGACAAGCCACCUGUCUCCUCUGAUCAUUGCCAGCAGAAAAUGCAAUUUUUCUUCACAUUAAUGAAAGAGUUCUGAUAGGUGAAGUUUUAAGGACAAAGAGGUCCACUAACUAAUGGAAAAGCAUCUUUGUUCUUGUUCUAUGACACCAGCUGUACUUAUUGUUGUUAUUUUUUUCCCCCACAUCCAUGGCAAUAUGUUUUCUGAUCACAGAAAGAAUAUUUAUCUCCUCAAGCCAAAAUGAGAUACAGAAAUGUCCUGCUAUAAUUUAAUUAUAUUUUACCCCAAAGUCCCUCUGCUUCUAACAGCACCUUACACUUAGAGCCAGAUUUGGCCUUGGCCAGGCUUUACUGGUUAAGUGCCAAAGGAGUAAUUGACCUGAUUUUUGUUGACUUUUCCUUUUCAGAAAUAUAAAGAGCAAGCUGAUUUCUGAGCCUAUUAGCAAUUCAUUGAUUUUCUACUUCUUCCCCCUCAUCAAAGAUUUUUCUUUCUUUCUUUCUUUUUUUUAAGGAAAGGUAUUUGUAUGAAGCUAACUUCUUUCCUUCUUAAUAUUCAACUCCUGCUAGUUCUGUAUAUAAUAAAUAAAAUUUCAAACAGUA